AUGGGCGAAAACAUGAAAGCCCUUAAACCGAUCGAAGAUAUCCACAUUCGGGAAAAUGAGCCUGAUUUCACCGAAGCUCCAAGUAUCAUAGUUCUCGCUCGGUCUAAGGAUCAGCGCAGUACCACUGUGAAGAAUAAAUCAGGAUCGGUAGAAUCAAAGGAAAUGGAAAUGAAAGUAAUCCAUUCGUAUCGACCUGCGUCGUAUCCCAAUGGUAGCAUGCGUGCUGUUUACGAUAGUCAGCUUAGACAUCAUACUGAACUUGUUUGUAAUCAGGAUGGAAAAUGCUCCUAUGAAAUAGGACGUGAAAUUCUGUUUAACAGGUUACAAAGGAAACAUUGCAUCGAAAUACACCUUCGAAACCGCACGGUUGGUAUGCUAAGCAUAGAGGUAAAAGCUUUGCACUUUACCUGCGUGAAAACAUCAAAGUUUUUCACGAAGAACACGCAACAUAAGAUAUUCUAUUCCCACCGGUGUUCAGGGAUGGGAUCAUGUAUAGCGAGGAAAUGCGACUUACUACAACCUAAUGAAACAGUCCAGAACUACGCAGAUCAAGACCUUACCCAGGCUACUCUGCCUUGA